AUGAACUCACCAUCUGCAAGAUAGCUUUACCCUGAUUUCGACAUUGAACGCUUUAGAUUAGAUGUUGAAAGAGUCAAAAGUGCCUCAAAGCAUACAAUAUAAGUUUACGCUUCAAACUCAUUCAAUGCUUCUAAUGAACUAGGCCCUUCUGAAUAAAUAGUAGUAAAAUAUCUACCAUAACUCAACAAUUACUCUUUAGCAAUCAUCAUCAUCAUUAUAGACUUCUCAGAACGAGAAAAGAUUAUGUAUCCUGAGUUUGAGCCUAAUAUGCAACUCUACAGGAAUGAAGCUAAACUGUUACUUGAAUACAUGAGAGAUCCAUCAAAGCCAAAUGGAUACUAAUUUGAUAAAUAUGGCCUGAUUAUUUUUCCUUUGAAAGAUAGAUGGCUUAGAGGGCCAGAAUAUGGAUUUUUGCUUAGACAUUACAAAACUUACUCUGCCUUGGGAUAUUACAAUGUAAAUCAUCGUUAACAGGAUCCAUAAGUAUAUGAGCAACCUAAAAGUAUAGUCAUUGAUUUAUAAAGUUUAUCAUUUAGAUGGAAUGCUUUACUAUAUAAAAGGUCUUCAUUUGAGAGAGUUUGGAUUCCCAAGAAUUAGGGAUUCUUCAAAUUCAUAACAGCGCAAGGAUUUUAAGUGGAAAAAAUAGCAAAGUCAAAGACUAAAGAUGAAAACUUCUUUAUGCAUUGUUCGAUUCUCUACCAAGAGUACCAAGACGACUAUAAAAAUCCAUAAGCACUCAAAAGAUUAAAAGAGAAACGUUAAAAGCUCAAAGAUGAGGAUAUAAAUCCUCCUGUCUAGUUUGAGAGAAUAAUUAUGUGCCAUAUUCUGGAAAAAGACGAUGGAUUAGGAGAAGAAAUAUUAGAAGAUGAGGAUGAAGAAGAGGAAUUAUAAAAUUAAAAUCUGUUGCAUUGCUUUCCUAACGAUGGAUUUUUCAAAACUUCAUAAGGUACAGAUAGAGAGCAAGAAUAGAAUUAGGAAAAGGAUGAACCAAUCAUCGCUCAAACAAUUAGCUUUACCUCUGAAGAAAUAGAUUACAAAAAAAACAAUAAAUCUAUUUCGGAGAGUCUUCCAAACUAAAGCAAUAAUGAUCUUUCGAAUACCUUUGAAGAUCAUAGUCAGAAUAAAUUGAGUAUUUAAAAGAGAGAUGCAAUGAAGAGAAAAAAUCAAUUUAUGAAAUAUCAUUAGAGCAUAGUCAGCAAUCAAAAUGGUUUGUUUGAUGAGUAGGGGAGAAGAAGAAGUGUAAGAUUAAAGCAAAUAAAACCUAAAAGUUAGCAAAAAGUAGAUUAUGUAGACUAAAAUUAGUUUUAUGUAUAUCAUAAGAAACGUGAUGAUAAGCAGGGUAAAAAGCAAAUUUAGAGAAUGAUCACUAUUGACAAACACAGAUUGAACUAUGAUGCUGAAGAGACUUAGAAAUCCUCAUCUGAAAAUUCCUAGCACUUUGAUUAGUAGUUGGAAAGAAUAGAGGAAGAUUCAUAUGAAAAGGAUUUAGAUUAGUUUUCAGAUGUUAACGACAGUGAAACGACCGAAGAAGAAAUGAUAGAAGAGCUCACUUUUCCUCAAGUUAAAAAUAUCCUUAAAGCCUAUAUAAAUAAAUUUCGAAAAUGGAAAUCUUCACAGUACAAUAGUAUCAAAAGAAUUAGAUGGUUGAUGUCAAAGAAAACUGGACAUUAUGAGGGGAAAAUAAAUAGAUGGAGGUAAAGAUAUAGGAGCAAAAAAAUAACAGAAGCCUAGAUAAAAAAAUUUCAAUCCUAAUCUGGAUAUUAAACUCAAUAAAUGAGGGAUAAUAAUAAAAAGUACAGAUAAGUAUAAUUUUAAAAUCAACCUAUCCUUAAUAACUUAAACACGCUAAAAAAUGGGAAUGUCUUUAGUUUUAAUCCUAAUCUCAGAGAGCUUGGUGAUAUCAUUGAUGAUAGUUUGACUGAUUUCCAACCACACUAAAAUUUCGACAACAUGCCAAAAAGCACAAUGAGACCAAACUUAUUCACAAAUGAUCUAGCUUAAGGCAUUAAGCCUUACAAAACCCCCAACAAAUAAGCUUUUGAAUUCAAUGCAGGAACCCUAUAAAAAGAUUAUGGACUUUAGAUGACUUCUAAUGGUAAUCGGCAGAAUAACUACAAUGAAAAUGAGACUGAAAAUGACAUUGAAAUAGUCAGAGUCAAACCUUCACCUUUAUCAUAAUUCAAUAGGAAAGAGCCAGAUUAAAGAUAAAGAAUAAAUUUUAGCUUCGAUCAAACUAAAAUCAAUAUGGAUUUAGCCUAAAAUGAGCAUUUGCUGUUGAAAGAAGAAGAUAGUAUUCUUUAAAUAUCAAACUAAUAGAUGAUUUAAACCUAUAAAUAAAAGGAUUAGAGCAAUACUAUUACCAGCACAAACACAGUAAACAAUAAUAAUGAGAGAUUUCUAAAGUUAAUGAGUAAAUACUGA